AUGGGACACACAAUUGAUAUGCUUUGGAAUGUACACAAAUCUCACCAUCAAUUUUAUAAUCCAACACCAUUUGCUGUCAUAGCAGAAGAUUAUGUUGACCAAAUUGUUGGAGCAUCUCCAUUAGUCUUCAUACCAGCAUUGGUUCCAAUUAAUAUGGAUCUACUGUUCUUUCAAUUUGCUAUCUUUUUCUACGGUUACGGUGUUUAUCUUCAUUGGGUACACGUAUCCAAAUGUUAUCAUGGGAGUGUACAUGAUCUUACAGUUCUACGAGAGUCAGGUCUAUUAGAAUACGUGAACGACUCUAUACAAAUUAUUGCUGAUAAAGCAUAUAUUGGUGAAGAAUAUGUGGUUAUGCCAAGAAAAAAACCUCAUGGACGUGAAUUAACAGAUGAAGAUAAAGAUUUUAAUAUUGAUAUUAAUAGUGCAAGGGCAGCUAUUAAAAAUAUUAUUCAACGUCUUAAAACGUAUGCUAUUUUUGGUGUUGUUUACAGAGGAGCUAUCGGUGACUUCCAUAAGGCAACGAAAAUCGUACAAGUCAUUUCUGCACUAUGUAAUCUGAACUUAAAUAAACAUUCUAUUCGUAAAUAA